GAGAAACUCGCGUGUACAUCCAUUAACCCCUAAGCCACACAAUAACGAAUCAUAAUGGAAAUAGACUCCAAUGACUACUUCCUGCUCUCUCCUCCAUGCUUCUCCUCCCUCCGCCGCCCUUCUUCGGCGCUUCCUCCACCGGUCUUGGUCUUCCUCCAAGGUCCACCACCGUAUUUCUCGAGUCUUGAAUAAUGCCAGCAGGACUGAAGUAUCCAUUGAUAAAUCAGAAGCAGACAAGCUUGUUGAUAAGAUUGAUUUUGGGGAGCUAUGCAAUGAAUUUGAGUGCACAAGUAGCCCGCAGGUCGAAUCCACUGCCAGACAACUUGCUCGCGAUAUUCUUGAACUCAGGGAAGGAAACCGCGCCUUUGCGUGCUAUGCAGUUUCCGUUAGAUAUAAGGAUGCGAUUAGAUGUUUUACAGGCCGUGAGAAGUAUAAAAGACCACUGUGGAUAACUAAUGGGUUAGAGAAUCCCACCGUGACAAUACAAGAGAUGGUAAUGUUAUCAACCAGUGUCUUGCGUAUUAGAUGGACAGUCAAAGGAAAACCAAAAUCUAUUCUUGCUACUGUGAGUGGAGAUCUGAUCAUCAAAGUCAAAUCUGAGUUUACUCUUAACCAGAUUAGUGGCCAAGUGAUUGAGCAUGAAGAGUAUUGGGAUUCAUCUUCAUCGUCCCCUAUUGCUCAAGCUUAUUUCUGGACAUCCCGCCGCCUCUUUGCUUCUUCUGAAUCCACAAAAGACUUGGUCGAUGCCACGAAAGACAUCACAGCCAGUUUCACAACUCGGGGAGAAGAUACAGAGAUAUAUCGUGAUCCAACCGAUCCAACUAAGUAUUUCCAAAGAGACGACAGCUUGGAGAGAGAUGUGUAUCAGAUUGCACUGUUUCUUGCAAUUGUCUACUUUGUUGUACAGUUCUUGAGGAACACCCUCUAAUUACACCCCCUCUCUCUCAUCUCUCUAUAACAUAUAAUGUAAAUGUCUAUAUAUUGUUGUAUAUGAUCUGUAUAAAAAAACUGAACAACAAAUUGAGAAGUGUGUUUGUUGAGAU